AUGGUUAAGAAAGGGAAAGCCACGGUGAGUACCAAAGUGAGGGACAUGGUGUUGUGGAAAGAAUACCAGAAAACGAUCGGUAAAAAGUUUACGGACCUGCAAAUCACCGAAGCUUGGCUAAGAGACGGGAGAACUCUGGAUGACGUUUUCGACCGCUGGAUUCGUCUCGAUAAGUCGCCGAAGCAAGCAGCUAAAAACUUGGUGGCCUAUGGUACGACACCUGGGCAGCUCUACAACGUCUUGAGAAACCGAAACAUGAACCUGAGGGAAAUGAGACCGAUUUGGCAAUCUGUCGGAAUGUCUGAUUCCCAACUCCGCACCAUCCGGUUGAAGCUACAAGGGUAG